CUUCUGCACGCGUUGAAACAUUGAUCAUCGAGCUUGCGGACACAACGCGCGGAUUCUCACGCGUUGCAUUAACUUUAAUAAAGGCAAAGACGGGAAAAUAGAGGGUGGGGAAGAAAGACGGAAAAACGAAUCGCCAAAUAUAGACAGACCGAGCCGAUACGACGAAAACUCGCGAGACUCGCGGUAAAGCGAACUAUUCUUCGGGGAGUUUACGUCUCUACCAAUAAAAAAAUCGAGCCGAACUUCGGUUAAGUCGAACGUUCAUAUUUAAAAGCCGGGACAAACGAAGCUAUAUAGACAUGAGCGACGACAAGACGAAACGUGAAUUCGAAAAAACGAUCGAUCUAAAUUUGGCUCUCCUGAGAUUGGCCGGUGUAGUUUCGAGCGAAAGAGCGAGCAGAGAUACGUUGGCGAGCUUGGCGUUCGUUUGCAUGACGAUUAACACCGUUUCAUACGUGUACGAAUUUGCAACGAGUUCGUACACUCUGGCCACCGUUUUGGAAUCAUUCGCGAUGAUCAUCUCACUCGUAGCAGGACAAACGCGACUCGUGAUUCUUUUGUGGUUGCGCGAUUCUUGUCAAACGAUGUUGAACAUUUGCGAGUCUUUCUGGUCGACGUUAAAUUUACGCGAAAAGAAGAUCGUUCAAAGUUACACGAACAAAGCGAAACUAUUGAGUCGUUGCUACUUGUUUAGCUGCGUUUCAACUAUAUUCUUCUACGUGCUGUUGAUACAAUUUGGCUCUUUGAUAUUUAGCGAACCGAAGCAUUUUGCGAAUGUUACGCUUUAUGGAAACAAUAGCAGCUUUGUUCCGUCGGAAGCUGCGAAAUCUCUGCAAGCGACGGACGAUAAGCGACGACGUUUACCGUACGCGUUUUUUAUCGACGUACAAGAAACACCGUGGUACGAGAUCGUGUACGUUGUUCAACUUGGGUCCAUGAUCAGCGUCGGUUUGACCUGUGUCGGCGUGGACACGACUGGUCCUUUGCUUAUUCUGAUCGCGUGUGGGUAUUUCGACACGGUACGAUCUAGAAUUGAAAAUACCUAUUCGUUUGAAUCACCGUCAUCGCUACCGAUUUUGGCGUCGUUGUCAAUUGCGACAAAGACGAAGAUCGCAACGGAAAGCACGUCGGUUACCAGAACAGAAUCGUCGUCAAGGAACGUAGGCAUGAAAAAUUUGCGAACAUGCCUGAACCAUCAUCAACUGUUACUAAAAUUGUGCGAGGAUAUCGAAAACUUGACAAAUAUAAUGUUUCUGAUACAACUGAUCACCAGCACGUACAAUAUCUCAUUGAUUGGCUUCAAAAUAGUCGAGGACAAUCCCGGCAAGGUCAAGUUCGUCACGCAACUUGGGAUCUUUAUUAUUCAGCUCUUUCUCUGCAAUUGGCCACCGGAUCUUCUUCGAUCGAAGAGCGAAGCUAUUGGUCACGCCGGGUAUUCGAUGCCUUGGUAUCGGUAUCCCUGCAAUUUACGAAAUCCGGUGAACAUGCUUCUGAUCAGAGGUCAAAAACCGGUUCGCCUGACUGCUGGGAAGUUCAUCGAGCUGUCGCUGGGAACAUUUGCCUCUAUGAUAUCCGCCGCUGCUUCGUUUUUCACCAUGAUACGAAGCAUGAACUGACUCUCGUUUCGCGAAACACUGACCAUAAAAGCACGCCAUCCGGGAUACGAAGAAAACGUUACCUUCUUCACGCUCGUCCAAUAAUCGUUGUAUUAGAUGUCAUUCGAGUAUUUCCAGCGAAUACGAGUAGACGACUGAUCGAAUAAACACGGUUGACUGAGAAUACAAAUCGAUCGCAGAAUUUCUUUUCCGAUUGUUCAUCGAUCGAAAGAGCGGAGCGAGACGUAGGCGAAAAGAGAAAAGGGAGAGCACGAAGGGAGGAAAAGCACGAAACUGACGUUCGUUUCGCGAAACACCGACGAUAGAAUCCCAUUAAUCCCCCUCUUACCUUCUUUCGGCCAUCCUCGACCCGACUGUAUUUCUCUAACGCUGAGCGAUAUCCGAGAGUUGCAGAAAAUAUGGAAACAUCGUUGUCGGUACGUAUCGUCUUUUGCUUCAAUUUCGUGUUAAAUAUUUUCUUACGAUGUCAACGUAUGUUUUCGUUUGCUAAGAUAAGUGCAAAAUGUACAAAUUCGAAGAUCGCGACAGAGUCACGAACGAGGAGGAACGUUGUUUUCUUCUUCUGUCCGUUCGUUCAAUGAUCAUUAGACUGCGGGCUUUUAUGCAUUUGCAAAAGAUGCGAAUAAAAGCGCAAAAUUGCACGGAACGCACAUAACACGGAGAAAUACACAAAAUAUUCAAAGUAUAUUCAAAUAUUCAAAGUGUUCUAUGCUACUUGACAAGUGAAGCAAUUUUCUACCCAGCUUCUCUGCUCCUUCAAUGAUAUUUCAGAAAUACGGAUGCAUAAUCGUAAUACUUUUUGUCAUCGAACUACAGCAUCAUUGAACUAAUUGUCUGUACGAGCGUGUAGACGAUCGAACAGUUCUGGCUGAAAGUAGAAACCGAUUUCGAAAUUUCAUUUCUAAUUGUACACCGGUCGAAAGAAAAGAACCAGGCGAUGCUGCGGAUGAAAGGAGGAAAGGACGACGAUAAUCGACGCAAAGUCAACUCGUGCGAAGAAUAAGAGGAAAGUGCAGAGUAGACGGGAGAAAGGGUUUCGAUGUAAUCGAUCGUUCGAGUUAAAACGUUUCGCGCGUUCCAUUCUCGUUUUGAUUCGUGGCAAGACGAAUCUCUAUAGGCGAGCAGAGAGAUGUUUCGUUCCGUUGCUCAGGAUGUACUUCCUUGUAAUGUAACGUGGUACAGUAGUGUCCGGAUAUCUGGCCACGAAUUUGCUCGUGUUUUAUUGCUAACUAUUGGCUCGGACAAAGUCUCCUCUUUGACGAUGAUUUAACUACUAUUGAAUUCCUGGAGCAAGAAAUAUGUUGUAUCUUUUACUUGAAACUGAGAGUUUCUUAUAUUUCUUUUUAUUAGUUAUAAUUAUUUAUUUUUAUUAUUUAAAUCAAUAUACGCAGGGUUGGUCAUAGUAGAAAUUGCUACACGAAAUGAUUCUUUAUCUAGCGAUUUUGUAAAAAAAUACUUCAAAUGAAAUUUUAGUAUACCCGAGGAGCCUGAUGCGACGAGUAGAUUUUCAUUUUUCAAUAUCUUAUAUCUUCUGAAAUAUCCGCGUGACCUUGAGUCUUUUAAACAGCACCGUAUAUUUUUUACAACGUUAGUCGAUCCAGCUGAACGUUCUAACAGAGGUAUCUUAACUUUAAUUUGUCAAAUUUAAUGCAUGAAAAACGCUUCUCUCGAGUUUACGUCGUUCUUGUCGUUUGAGAGACUCAAGAUUGCCUUAGUAUC